AAUGCUACCGGCUAUGUUUAUUGGACAGGUACUGGUUAUGUUCAUUACUUGGAUUUCAGGUUUCGACAGUAGAUCAUGAGGUACUGCCACGAUGAUAAGGCGGUGCUAAAUAUUGGCCAAUUAGAGCGGCGAGGGAGUAUUGAUAUUCAUUCAGUCUAAGACGACGACAUGCCAUUAUCCAUAGGAGCAGGCUACCCUUAUCCAUGAUUAUAUUACUUUCAAACACAUGGUUCUGGAUUUAUUGAAGUAGGUAACUAGGAUAAGAUGAGCCAAGAGCAAGAAAUACCGGGGAACUUCGAAUCUACAAACGAUCACGAUGCCACGUUAGCGCCAGGGGAGAAUAACUCUCUCCAGAUAAUCAACAACAAUAGAAAAGCAUCAGACAUCAAGUGGAAGCCUUCUUCCACUACGAUAGAUGAGCCUCUCGCUUCUAACCUAACCAAUGAAGAUCUCUGGAUGCUCAUCCGACGGUUCAACAAGCAAGUACACCAUGUCAAAGCCGUGCAAGGCCAUCCCCCAGAUGAGCUGGAUCUUAACCGGGCAGAAGAGGAGCAAUUCCCCCCAGAAAGGUUGCGGGCAACGACUGAGCGGUUCUAUACUUCUGUGAUUGUAGGAUUGGUUAAUUUCUUCGGUCACGUCACUAGACUGCGCUCGUGGAAAGAGCCCCGACGUACCUCUGCGUUUUGUAUAGCUUACUUCAUUGCAUGGUUUUGGGAUCUUCUUGUUCCUGUGACUACCGGCGUUCUGGUUGCUUUAAUCCUGGUCCCAUCAACACGAUCAUGUCUUUUCCCUCCUUCUAACACUGAUAAGUGUGGCUCUUACGAUGGCGUCGAGAAUCCUACGAGUGAUAACGUUACCCAUGCUCCAGAAACAUACAAGGGCGAGGCAGCUGAGCAGGAGGCCGCGAAUCUCGUUAACAAUAUCGCCAAUGUCGCCAUGGAAAGUGCCCGUGGCAAAUACGGCCAAUCGGUGGUAGAUGGCGAUGCCGAGGGAUCUUCAGAGCCUGAACCAGUUGAUAUUGCGACGAUCACAGACGUGCAGAGAGAGACUACAUCCGAAGACAAAACGAAAAAGCCUAUGAAGAAGAAAAUAUCCAAGGCUACCAACCAAACUAUGCGUAUUUUAGGGGAUAUUACCGAUAUCUAUGAGCAGUUUUCCAAUCUACUUUCCCCCACACCACCAUUCCAUGCCAUAGCGCCCCGUCUGCAGCUGGUAGGGAUACUAACAUCCGUUGGCCUGACAUCUCUCAUCUCAUCAAGCCAUUUGAUCGUCAAGACCGGUAGCUUCAUCAUUGGCCUAGUCAUCUUCGGCGACUCUCUCUUCCAACGCACGAUAGCAUUCUUAAACGACAAGAUCAAAGACUGGAAGAAAUACCUAGACCUCCAAAACACCCUACUAAAAGGCGUCCCCACAAACGCCCAACUAACCCUAGCUCUCUUACGCCUAAGCGAAAUAAACUCCUCCCCGUUACCUCCGCCCCCAACCUCUCACAACAACGAGCCCCUAUGGCCCAUCCGCCGCAAGCCCUCCAAUAUUACCCCCAGCACAGUCAUCACUCAACCCUCUACAUCCCUCACAACCCAAACCCCUAAACCCGACCUCCCAAAAGCAGAGGGCCGCAAGAAAAAAUGGACCAAGUUCCUCAAAUUCAUAGGCCGAACCAUCGCAACCGCAAUGAAAGGUCACAUAGCAUUCGACCGCGCAAUACGCCUCACCGAAUCCACCAGCGCAAAGAACCUAAUCGGCCUGUUACACCGACGAGGCUGGAUCACGGGCCCGCCUGUAGGCCCGCUCAAAUUCGAAGCGAAAUUCGAGCGUAAACGCGGCACGGUGGUGAUCGAUUCGUCGCAGGAGCAGCCCGUGCUGUAUUUUACGACGUGUCAGGCUGCGAAGCUGGAAGAUUUGCGGUUGGAAAGUCAGAAGAAGGGGGCGGUGUUGUUUCAGAUUCCGGUUACGGAGAUUAAGGAAUUGAAAAAGACAGAAGGGUUGGGGUGGAAGGGGAAGUUGAUUGUGGAGCUGACAGCGGGGAGUAAGGAGUCGAUUGAUGGGUUGGUGAUUUCCACGUUGGAGCCGGAGUAUCAGUCUUAUCAUCUUACGGGGAUGAGGGGGAGGAAUCAGUUGUUUAAUCGGUUGAUUGCUAUGGAUGCGCAGUUCUGGGAGAGUCAUUGAAGUGGUGCUUUUGGAUAUUUUGGGUUAUUGAGAUGCGAUUAAGUUGGUCUUUUUGAGGGCUUGAGGUCUACAUGUGUUGUUUCAUGUAUUUGUUUACCCUGUCGAGCUGAGGAGUUGGUAUAACUAGAAUGUCAUGCUUGCACUUCAUCCUCGAAAGGAGAAUGCCACUGAGAAUAUUGGGCUUUAUCUUGAAAGGCUACAAAAGC